GUUCCGACUUGCCCCAUGCAAACUAUCAUGUGGGAGAUGAGUACCAUGGAGCGUAGAUAUUCCGUGCCGCCAAGCACACUUUCAGACCCCUCGGGAAGAUACCGCACAACGGAGGACUUGCAUGCAUGGAGCAUCUAUCGCCAAAACCUCAAUUCCGACUUCACGGACAGCGCCUUAGAUACGGGACACAAAUCCCAGCCCCCUUUCGGCAACUUCCGGCUACGGGAAAGUACAGUGCAGACUAUCCUCAAUCAUCCCAAGUACGGACCUCGAGAGCGAAAUUCUGAACUCGGUUCGAACGUCUUCACCUACCUCCAGUUCGGCUUACCUCGCGUCCUGCCCCAUCCGGUAAAUCCGAAUCAAAAUGCCAAUCCCAAACCGCUCCGGAAUGGUUCCAGCGGCUAUGACUCCAGCGACGACAACGGCGGAUCACCCUUUAUGAACCGGAACCGGAGAACCCGUAGCGACCCCGAUUUUCGGAACCACGUGAUUCCGGCCACCCCUGCAGGGGAAUCCGAGAGCACCAGGAAGAGCGCCCACCAACGCCUCAAGGCGAGCAGCGAAGCUGAUCUUCUCUCGGUCGACAACCGACUUCUCACGCGACAGCAGGCGCUCAAAGCGCGGGAAGACGCCAGAGAAGGUUAUCAGAGGAAUCCGAUGCCGGGUAACGGACACCUUGCACCGCCCGGAUCGAAGGCCGGAUCCCACUUGUCCGUCAAUUCCAGAACGUCACCCAAUCAUUCUCACAGAGCCCACGGAAAGAUGGAUGGCUUCUACCAUGACGCACCGAUGUUGAACGAGAGGUUCUUCCCUAAAGACAGUUAUUAUUCGACCUUGCCAGGAGCUCCUAGCGAAGCGGGUUUGCCCAGGUACCCCCAUCUGCAGGUCCGAGACCUCAGCUACGAGAUGGACAUGUCUUCGGCUUGGCACACACUUUGCGGUGGAGCUCGAACGAAACUUAGGAUGUUGGAGGGCCUGUCUUUCGAAGCCCGGGGAGGAGAAAUACUCGCCAUCAUGGCGACAACAGAGAGUGAGGGGACAGCUCUUUUGGACAUCCUCGCCAACAGACAUCGCAAAUGGCGAUGUCGUCUGAGGGGCGAGUUCAUGGUCAACGGCCUCUACCUUACUCUCAAGAAACUGGAACGCUGCAUUGCUUAUGUCCAACGUCACACAGACUUCGGACCUGACAUGAGCGUUCGGCAAACUUUACUCUUCACAUCCCUGUUGCAAGAACCAGACAAUGAAAGAGGUUUCGAUACAAAAAGUCGGAUCAAUGCUCUUCUGGAGGAUCUCGGUCUUGGCCAAGUGAAGCAUACACGGGUAUCUGACCUGACAGAAUCCGAGAAGAGGAGGUUGAAUGUAGCUUCUCAACUUUUGCUGGACACAGAUAUCGUCUUACUGGAUCAGCCUACAAAGGGGAUGGACAUAUUCGACACAUUCUUCUUGGUAGAGUAUCUGCGUCAAUGGGCCGCACGUGGACGAAUCGUUAUCAUGACGAUUCAUCCACCCACAUAUGAAAUUUUCACCAUGAUAUCUAGAGUUGCCAUGAUUUCCACCGGAAGAAUGCUGUACUUUGGUCGAAGGAGGGACAUGCUGUCAUACUUUGCGUACAUUGACUUUCCUUGCCCAGCGUACAAGAACCCGUCCGAUUACUACCUUGACUUAGUGACUCUAGACAAUUUGUCAGCGGAGGCGAUGCUAGAAUCCAGCCAACGAGUCGAGAAUUUAGUGGAGAUCUUCAGGCGCAGGCAAGAGCCUUUAGCUGAUCCUGGACCACCAGGAGUACCUCCGGCCAUCGUCAAACGAGCCAGUGUCUUCACGCAAGUACUAACUUUAUGGAUACGUGUAUUAAUAUACACAUUUCCAUUCAAUGUCGUCCACUUUUGCGGUGAGGUCUUCAUCGCCGCUCUUAUGUCGGUCUGCGUGGGGGCUGUGUAUUGGAACGUUCGAACUGGACGAGAGCAAGAGCACGUAGAUGACAGGUUCGGAUUUUAUUAUGUCAUCAUGGCCAUUGCUGUAUGGCCUACUCUUCUGUGUACAAUCACCACAGCGUGGAAAGAAAAAGCUACAGUUGUUCGUGACACAAGAGAAAGACUGUACCACAAGUUCACUUACGUUAUCUGUAAAUUAACCUACAGUUUAGCUCCUGCAGCUGCGGUAGCGGUAGCAUAUGCUGUUCCAGCAUAUUCAAUGGCUGGCCUGCAGACAACAUCUAGAGUCCGUCCUUUUGGAAUUUACAUCGCUUAUAUGAUCCUUUAUCUUCUUACUCUUCGCAUGAUGGUCCUCGCUUGCACUUGGGCCUGUUCUUCGCGGCAUAUCGCCGCCUCUUGGGCUGGAUUCAUCUUCACCAUCCUUGCCAUCUCUGCUGGCUACACGGUACACUUCAAAGACUUGUCCUUGGUAUUUUCAUGGGCACACUGGAUGUCACCAGUUCGCUGGGUUUAUCAGGAACUCGUCCAGAAUGAGUUCAACAAUUCGCUUGGUGAAGAUUUCCGGUAUGCCUGCAGCCAUAACCCUGUCGUCCAGCAAGAGAAUACAAUCUUAAUGCGAGCAGAAUGUGGCAUAGGCACAGAUUUAGAUGCUUUGAAAUUUCGUGGUGCUCAAGAACAGUGGCCUCUGUAUCAGCCAAUCAGUAUCGUUAUUGUGUUCCAUGCGGUGUGCCUUUUGUUGGGUUUGUUCUUGUUUUUGACUGUUAGUCAUUCUAAGAAAAAACGUCUAGAGAAGGAACGUGCCUAAAAUAUCUGUUUUAGCCAGAGGAACUAUUUCUUCAAAUAAUUUAAAUUUUAAAUAUUUUAUUGACCAAGUGGAAUAUUACCACCAUGCAAGUUGUAUAACCGUAAGCUGCGCUUUGUUUUUAGACUAAUUCAAUUGCAUUCAAAACUGAGUAUAUUGAUUAAUAUAUUGUUGCAAUGCUGUCGCAUGAAUCAGUAUAAAUUAUUAAAAUGUUAUAACGCAGUUUUAAAACAAAGAAUGUAUUUAUUACUACAAAUGGGACUUGACAGAAUUUCAUCUCGUGUCAUACCGAAUUUUCAAUUUGUGUAUACAUUAUAAUAUAGCUCAAUGUUAAAGACAAUUAAGUGUUCCUAUUGAACAGAACAUAAUGUUACUUAAUUUACUUAUUUUACAAAUAAUUUAACAAGAGUUUCCUGAUGUUUAACCAUUCCUGUUUAAAUAUUAGUAAUUCUCGUGUUGUAAAUUUUUUCAUAUUUAAUCUUGCAGCAGCUGCUACUCUACUGUGCCAAAAUGUAGCAUUUUCUGUAAUCAUUGUCUAUUCACAAGGGGAAAUUGGUUUAGUGCUGCCAUCUGCUGGCGUAAUAUUAAGUGAUUCUGCAUUGUUUAUGUGUUAUAAAAUUUUUUGUAAUGUCGUACAGAGAAAAAUCAAAAGUACCUCUUUCCCCGUGUGUAAAUGCUUGUCCACAUGAAUGUUUUUAUUUAACCAGUUUUAUGUAUUAAUUCGGCUCUGAAGCUGCCAAGUUGUGUAAAUAAACGUAAUGAAUAUUUAA